AUGUCUUUGAAAGAAGACCAUAGCCAUUUAAACCAAUUUAUAGCCCAUGCUGCCUUAGAUCUGGUUGAUGAAUUAAUGUGGAAGUCUACAUCUAUGUAUUUGAAAACUGUAGAUCGCUUCAAUCAUUGGACGGUAUCAGCUUUUGUCACAGCUAGUCGAAUGAGAUUUAUUAUUGUACACGACUCUAAAAAUGAUGAGGGCAUAAAAAAUUUUUUCACUGAAGUAUAUGAAAUGUUUAUAAAGUAUGUGAUGAAUCCAUUCUAUAAGCUAAACAUGCCAAUCAAAUGUGGAUCGUUCGACAAAAAAGUACAAUUCUAUGGUCGUAAAUAUUUAGUCAACUAGUAUUUUGCAAUAGAUACAUUUAUAAUUGUGAUAUUUAUUUUUUUCAUGUCAAAAUAUAAACUAAUUUACUCUUUA